CGGUCGACCGACGCCUAGUACCUGCCUUCGCCGAAUAGGGCGCGCAGGCGGAGGGCGUAGUGGCACAAGGCGCCGCCGGCCGAGGGCGUGCUUUGGCCCAGACCGGCGUCGGCACAAGGAGCGCACGGGCUCAGCCUAAGCAUCACGGGCAGCCGUCCUGCCGGCCCGCCUCCAACCCUCGAAUGAAAGACAAAGGAGUGUCCUGCUCUUCCAAGGCUCAAAUGGCGUGGUGUCACUGUCCGACUCCCGAGCCGAGACGAAGCUGCCAAGCGCCAGUUAAGGCGGAACAAAAAGAGGCAUCCCCCGAUGCGAAUGUCCCGGCACAGGGGGAGGUCCUGCCUACCCAGGAUACUUCGCCCCAGGUUCCGCCAAUCCUCACUCUUCGCCUACCCAGGGUGACUCUUGAUUGAUUUUUCUCAGCUCAAGAUUCGGUCCCAAGAAUAGCAAGAUAGUCCGGUUGCGCAUGGUGGCUUGUGUAUGAUUAACCCGGCAGCGCUGACGCAUAGUUGGGGAAUUUAGUUCAAUUUCGAGAUCUUUGGCUGUUCGUGCCUAGAACAGAGCAGGGGGGAGGGGGGUUUGGGGGAGAAUGUCUGGUGGGCUCAAGAACAAGAAGAAGAAGGGCCACGAGUGGGAUUUGAACGACUGGAGAUGGGACGGCAACCUCUUCCUGGCCACGCCGUCGCCAAACGCGGACGCUCCGUCGGGGUGCGGCAGCAGGGAGCUUGGGCGAGCCGAGGAGGGGUGCAGUUUCGGUGCUGCUGCUGACAAGAGCAGGAGGAGGAGGAGGAGGAGAGUCACCACGGUGGAUAACCCCGAGGAGUGCAGCAACACUGCGAUUCAUAAUGAAAGAAAUGCUGUUUGGAGAGGACAGAUCGGCGAAGAAGAGGGACCUGCCAGUGCAACAGCAGGUGCAUCUUCCAGCUCUGCUCCAUCUUGCCAAGUCGACGGCUGCCACGCAGAUCUCAGCGACGAUAGGGACUACCAUAGGAGGCACAAGGUGUGUGAGCCGCACACCAAGUCGACUCUUGUUCGUAUCAAAAACAUAGAGCAUCGGUUUUGCCAGCAGUGCAGCAGGUUUCAUCUUGUUCAAGAAUUUGAUGAAGGGAAGAAGAGCUGCCGCUCGCGUCUGGCAACACAUAAUAGAAGGAGGAGGAAAGCCCCAGCCGAGGCUGUGAAUUCCUUGGGUGAAAAUCAGUCCUUAACCAACACCUUGCUCCUCUUGUUGAGACAACUCGCUGGACAAGAUUCUGCUAGCUCAUCUGAGCAAAUCAAUGGUCCCAAUCUCUUGGUUAGUCUUUUGAAGAACCUUGCUGCUGUUGCUGGCACACAGGCAUGUCAAGAUAUGCUAAAGGAUGCAACAUCAUCAAAUGCUGGUAACUAUGUUGGGAAUCAAAGUGGACCACCAGUUCCUGCAGAGCCUCCUGUGAAAAGACGUGCGCAGAAUUUUGAUCUGAAUGAUGCUUAUGUCGAGGAAGAUGAGAGCCGAACAGAUAAAAUUGUCUUCAAGCUUUUUGGUAAACAGCCAAAUGAUUUUCCUGCUGAUCUACGUGCACAGAUCCUAAACUGGCUGUCACAUUAUCCAAGUGACAUGGAGAGCUAUAUUAGGCCUGGUUGUGUAAUUCUAACUAUUUACCUUCGUCUUCCUAACUGGAUGUGGGAUAAGAUUAAUGUCGAUCCAGCUCCUUGGAUAGAAAAUCUCAUUAGCAUAUCCACUCAUGGUUUCUGGGAGACAGGAUGGCUGUAUGCUAGGGUGCAGGACCGCCUGACAUUAAGCUGCAAUGGCAGGCUUAUGUUAGUGUCUCCCUGGCGACCUGUAAUAGGUGACAAGCAUCAGAUACUGUGUGUAACUCCUAUUGCGGCUGCCUAUAAUUCGACGGCAAACUUUUCAGUGAGAGGCUUCAACAUAGCUCAACCAACCACAAAAUUACUCUGUAUAUUUGGUGGGAAAUAUUUAGUCCAAGAAGCAACACAAAAACUACAUGCUGAUACUAGGAUUCAGCAAGGCCCUCAAUGUCUGACCUUUUCUUGCUCCUUCCCUAGUACAAGUGGAAGGGGGUUCAUAGAGGUUGAAGAUUAUGAUCAGAGCAGCAUUUGCUUCCCCUUUGUUGUCGCCGAAGAAUCUAUAUGUUGUGAGAUUAGAAUGUUGGAGGAAAAACUGAAUAUAAUUGCAUUUGGUGAUGCCUUGGAAGGAAGAGAAGAUCUGAUGGCUUCUCGCAGCCAAGCCUUAAAGUUUCUACAUGAAAUAGGGUGGCUUCUCCAAAGGAGCCACACACGAGCUACAUCAUCCAAGGCUCCGCAACAACAUCAUGCGGUGGGCUUUUCUGCUGCAAGAUUUAGGUGGCUCCUGUCCUUUGCGGUUGAUCAGGAAUGGUGCGGCGUGGUAAAGAUGCUGCUGGACACCUUGUUCCAGGGCAAUAUCGAUGUCGCCUCACCAGUUGAUUUUGUCCUGGGAGAGAGCUUAGUAUUCGCAGCUGUCAACAAGCGGUCGAAGCCUUUGGUUGCCUGCCUAUUGAGAUACACAACGAAAUCUGCACCGGUGGGCAGUGGAGCCGUGGCCACACCAGCUCGGUUCUUGUUCACGCCUGACAUGACUGGUUCAUCGGAUAUUACACCUCUCCAUGUUGCAGCUACCAUCACUAAUGCUGCUGCCGUUUUGGAUGCUCUAACUGAUGAUCCCCAACAGCUGGGGAUCAAAACCUGGAAGAAUGCCCGCGACGCUACCGGGUACACUCCAGAGGAUUACGCUCGGAGGAGAGGACACACGUCCUACAUCAAGAUGGUCGAGAACAAAAUCAACAGCAGGUUACCUGCAGCCCAUGUGUCCGUUGCCAUGACCACCACUGGCAUCGCCGAAAAGCACACAGAUGACGGUCGGCCGAGAUCAACUGAACAGACCGUAUUUGAUGUCGAGAAAAGCCCACCGGGGUGCAGACAAUGUGUCCAGCUCCAGCACAUUGCCUACCGGCCCUGCCCAAACAGGUUCUUGUCGAACAGGCCUGCGGUGCUAUCCUUGGUCGCCAUUGCCGCUGUCUGUGUCUGCGUAGGGUUGAUAAUGCAGAGCCCGCCGGUCAUCCGCGGUUUGCCGGGCCCUUUUCUCUGGAAUCACAUCCGUUGGGGACCCACUUGAAACGGCCAGUCGGCUGCAGGUUCUGCUAUAGUCUGUGUACUCGAGAGUGAGGAUGCUUGUAAAUUGUGAUAGACCAAAGUGCAAAUUCUGUACAUUAUAUGAGUUGUGGAGUGCCUAACUCUGCUUAGGUAGCGCUAGUUUUA